UUGCAGUGCAUUAUGCAUGAAUAAUAUAGCAAGUUUAGCUUAACCACUAAUAACAAUUUAAGACUUAACCAAAGUUUGCAGCUAAAGACUCAAGACUGCACUUGCACCCCAGACACUUGAGACUCGACACUUGGCUUGGAUUUACACCCACUGGAAAAACCCGAGACUUGUCUCAGACUUGUACUUCAGAGACUUGAGACUUGAUUCAGACUCACACCCUGGCAACAUGAGACAUGACACAGACUUGCACCUCAGAGACUUGGCUCAAGACUUGGCGCAAAGACUCAAAGCUUAGACUCACACUUCCAAGACUUGCUUUAGUAACUCGGGACUUGACUCAGACUCACAGUCCAAAAACUUGAGACUUAACUGAAAUUCACAUCCAGUCACUCAAGACUUGACUUGGACUCCCUAGUGAAUUGAGACUCCACUUGUACUUGCAGCCCAAAGAAUCGGGAUUUGACUCAGACUUGCACCCUAAGGACUCACGACUAGUCUCAGGCUUACACUCCACACUCAAAACUCAACUUGGACUUAUUGCAUAUAGUGAACUGUGAUCACCUCUGCUGGACCUGUGAGGCAAUGCAGCUUUAUGUACGGGGAGCUCACGGACAAAGACACGACGGAGAAAGUUCGGCUGACGUUUGAGAACUAUGAGAUGAACUCGUUUGAAAUCCUGAUGUACAAAAAGAAUAGGACGCCAGUGUGGUUUUUUGUAAAAAUCGCUCCCAUUCGGAACGAACAGGAAAAAGUGGUGCUCUUCCUUUGCACGUUUAGCGACAUCACAGCAUUCAAACAACCCAUAGAGGACGACUCUUCCAAAGGUUGGGGUAAAUUUGCACGCUUGACCCGAGCUCUGACCAGCAGCAGGGGAGUUCUCCAGCAGCUCCAACCGACCGUACACAAAGGAGAAAACGUACAUAAGCACUCCCGGCUGGCUGAGGUGCUCCAGCUGGGCUCUGACAUCCUCCCCCAGUACAAGCAGGAAACCCCCAAGACACCGCCCCACAUCAUCCUUCACUACUGCGCCUUCAAGACCACCUGGGACUGGGUCAUCCUCAUCCUCACCUUCUACACAGCUAUCAUGGUGCCCUACAACGUUUCUUUCAAAACCAAGCAGAACAACGUCACCUGGCUGGUGGUGGACAGCAUUGUGGAUGUCAUCUUCCUGGUGGACAUUGUGUUGAAUUUUCACACCACAUUCGUGGGGCCGGCAGGAGAGGUCAUCUCCGACCCCAAGCUCAUCCGCAUGAACUAUCUGAAGACUUGGUUCGUCAUAGACCUGCUGUCCUGUCUGCCCUAUGAUGUCAUCAACGCCUUUGAGAACGUGGACGAGAACUGGAACCAUCGAGCUGUCACUCAAGGCAUCAGCAGCCUCUUCAGCUCUCUGAAGGUGGUGCGACUGCUGCGUUUGGGCCGCGUGGCCCGCAAGCUGGACCACUACAUCGAAUACGGUGCGGCCGUGCUGGUGCUCCUGGUGUGCGUCUUCGGCCUGGCCGCUCACUGGCUGGCCUGCAUCUGGUACAGCAUCGGCGACUACGAGGUCAUCGACGAGGAGCGCAACUCUGUGCGCAAGGACAGCUGGCUGUACCUGCUGGGCGAGACGGCGGGGACGCCGUACCGCUUCAACAGCAGCGGGUCGGGCCGCUGGGAGGGCGGCCCCAACAAGGACUCAGUCUACAUCACUUCGCUCUACUUCACCAUGACCAGCCUGACCAGCAUCGGCUUUGGUAACAUCGCCCCCACCACGGACGGAGAGAAGAUCUUCGCCGUCGCCAUGAUGAUGAUCGGAUCUCUCCUGUAUGCCACCAUCUUCGGUAACGUGACCACAAUCUUCCAGCAGAUGUACGCCAACACUAACCGUUACCAUGAGAUGCUGAACAGCGUGAGGGAUUUCCUCAAACUGUACCAGGUGCCUAAAGGCCUGAGCGAGAGGGUCAUGGACUACAUCGCCUCCACGUGGUCCAUGUCCAGAGGCAUCGACACUGAGAAGGUGCUGCAGAUUUGUCCGAAAGACAUGCGUGCUGAUAUCUGUGUGCACCUGAACAGGAAGGUGUUUAAGGAGCACCCUGCGUUUCGGCUGGCCAGUGACGGCUGUCUGCGUGCGUUGGCCAUGGAGUUCCAGACCAUUCACUGCGCGCCAGGCGACCUCAUCUACCACGCCGGCGAGAGUGUGGACAGCCUCUGCUUUGUCGUCUCAGGGUCCCUAGAGGUCAUUCAGGAUGAUGAGGUGGUCGCUAUUUUAGGUAAAGGGGAUGUGUUUGGUGAUGUGUUCUGGAAGGAGGUGACUCUGGCGCAGUCCUGCGCGAACGUCCGGGCACUGACCUACUGUGACCUGCACGUCAUCAAACGGGACGCCCUGCUGAAAGUGCUGGAGUUCUACACGGCCUUCUCCAAUCACUUCUCCCGCAACCUGCUGCUCACAUACAACCUCCGCAAACGCAUUGUCUUCAGGAAGAUCAGUGAUGUUAAGCGUGAAGAGGAAGAGCGUCUGAGGAGGAAGAAUGAAGCUCCACUCAACCUUCCACCGGACCACCCUGUGAGGCGCCUUUUCCAGCGUUUCCGGCAGCAAAAGGAGGCCCGGAUGGCUGCUGAGCGUCCGAGCCCUGAUGAGCCGGACCUGGAAAAAGGCCACGUCCACAAUGAGCUUGUUGUUGUCCAGGAUGCGGUCACCAUCGCCACCACCAGUGUCGUCACCGUGACAGAGAGUCCUGCCACACCCAUCCCCUCAAACCCUGCUCACAGCGUCCAUCCCCCCGGUCCCUCAGACCGGGCCAAGCUGCAGGCACCCAACGCCCUGGCAGUUGGAAACCGGGCAUCCCGGGGAUGGGGGCGUUUCCGGGAAAGCUUGGCCAAGCCAGAUGGCUGGGGCAACGUGGCCAAAGCUGAAUCCAUGGAAACGCUCCCCGAACGCGGCUGCAAGUCAGCUGAGCCCGGUGGCUUGAAGAAAACAGACUCGUGUGACAGCGGGAUCACAAAGAGUGACCUGCGGCUGGAUGAGGGCGGAGCACGGACGCCUGGGGAUCACAGCCCAGUCCAGCCUGACGGGAGACCGCCACCUACUGUCCCAGCUACAAUCCCGCCUAUUCCCGAACACACCCUCCACACAGCGCUGCUGGAGCUCCGAGCCGAACUCAAGGACGAGCUGUCGACUCUCGGAGACCGCAUGGUCGCCCUGGAGACGCAGGUCGCUGAGGUGCUGCAGUUGCUAAGGGGCGGAAAGAGCCCUCCCUCUCCCACACCUCUGUUUCAUAUCUCGCGACCCACAUCCCCGGACUCAGACAAGGAUGACAUCUUCUCCUAAAACAGGGGUUCUCGACUCCAGUCCUCGGGACCCCCCCUGCUCGGGACUUGUUAGAGUUUUUCUUGAACCAGCACACCUCAUGAAAGGCUUGAUAACUGACUUAUUCAUGCCCCAGAAACAAAUAUAUUUUGUUGAAAUAUUAAAUAAGUUCUACAGAGCAUUGACAAAACUGCUGUUCAACCUGAUGAGAAAUUUUAGCACACGUUAUAAGUUUUAAAUUAUGCAUGCAGUCUUUUGCACGGGUUCAAAAGGUCACAAUAAUAGGGCAGAUUGAGUGUAGCUUCAUUGUUGUGUAAUCAGGCUACACUCAAAAUAACAGUUUCAGUCUUCCUUACAGCUGCAUUGGCACCUGUGACCACCAAAUAAUCCCCUGACUACUUUGUCCUGUCCCUGUCACAGUGUAGCUGAAGGCAGCACAUUGUCGCCCAUGGCAUUUUUGCUGUAAUGUCACUGAGAAAAUGUCAGUAAAUGCCUUACAGCAACUUCAGCCAUGCUACAGUAACUAGUGAUGUAGGCUCAACAUUAACUUAGCUGGCUAUCCACAUUAACAGAGCAUAAGCCAGCAAUCUUUCUGCUUAAAACCUUGACAUGCAACAAAAAACUACACCUGAUCUGUCCAGUGUGACCUUUCUCAAGCAUACAAAAAAUAAUAUUCACUUAAAGCUAAUUGACUCGUUUAAAAGCUAUAAUGCAUUCGUUCAGGUAUAUCAGGUAUGGGUGAGCGAUAUGGCAAAAAUAUCAAUACAUAUUUUCUCAGUACACAGAAUUCAUAACAGUAUUUUUCUGAGGUUUCUGAAGUUGGAACAGACAUAUAAUCGUAUGUACUGCCACAUUUUUUUCAGUACAGUGACUUUUAGUUAGCAUUUAACAAAGUGCUGCACUAAAUCCAGUUAACCCGACUAACUGUUCUCUCUUUGUAAAGCAAAAUGCAGUUGUUCAGUGUUAAUUCACUCCUAAAAUUAGGUACUUUAACAAAAAUAUUGCCCAAACUUGCAAUAGUUGCUAUAUUAUCGUGGGGUCAAACACAUUCUCAAAACGAAAGUGCACAUCUGGGGACAAACUUGUUCAAAUGUGCGGUUGUGGCAAAAUCUGACGCUAAGGGUACAACCCCUUUAAAACCAGCCCCCAUCCCUCUAAUCCAUUCUCUUUUCACUUCUGGAGUAAUAUCAAAAACUAUUUUUACUGCAUGUAAUGUGCUCUCUGCAUAUGUGACACACAUCUACAUGCUUGAUUGGAGUUUCCAGCCAUGCUAACCUACGUUCCAUCCAUGGGCUAGCGACAGGCUUGCCGUUUGUCUGACCUGCGCACCACAAAGCGUUAGAUUGGUUCAGUCAGUUUGUUCCCACCAUAAAACAGUUUAUGUUCCCACCUAGAUUUCUCAUGGUUGUCCCCAGAUGUUCUCGUUAUGAGAUCAGUUCUGUCCCUGUGAGACUAUAGUUGCUCUAGAAGAACAUGUUUGUGGGCAGAGCACGGAUAGAUCAGUAACCUGGGAGCUGGCUCAGGUGUGCUGGAGCAACAUAGUGGGUCCCCAGGACUGAAGUUGAGAACCAAAAAACUUGGGGUGGGGUUUGGUUGUGUGGGUGAGAUUUCGAGGACACUUCAACAAGCAGAGGCCAAUAUGUCUGGAGGGACGACAAAACAGAUGCAGCUGCUUUGGAGGUCGGGGUGCGCAGAAGUGACAGAGGCGCAUGGUGCUCGCCGGAGACGGCAGGGCAUUCUGCAGAAAACACACCAACACAGCACGCGUGUAUGUGUGUGACAGAGAGUGGGAGAGAGUGAGGGCAGAAAGCGGGAGAGAGAGAGAGAGAACAUCUCGUCCUGAGGGAGAAGAGCUGAGAUGCUGAAGUGAUGGCACGCUUGAUGUCGUGAACACACACACAGCUGAUGUGAAGCAGCACCCCAGCGACAGCCUCCAGAGACGACUUGACAGAGUGAAAGUUUAGCCUCAGGGGCCUGCUGUGACGGACAGUCGUCAUGGCGACACGCGGUCCUGGACUGGCAGGCGGCACCCUCCGGUGUUUGACACUCCAGCAGGGUGUCUCUCUCUCUCACACACGCACAUAUAGUACUGUGCAAAAGUCAGAGACCAGGCUUGAUUUAGUUCAUUUCCAGGUGAAUUGGCCAUUUAAGUAUAAGUUAUUCAUUUUUAAGAAAAUUUAAGUGAUUAGGUAUAAAAUAAGGGGGUGUUCAGACAGCACCUUUUCAGACUCCCUCAAAGCUGCUGGAAAGUGUUCCUCUAGUCUCUGCAGUGGGUUUAAGUUUAAAAAAAACAUCUUGUGCGCUGAGCAACUGUCCUCCCAGCUGACUUUCGAGGACUGCUUCUCUCUCUCGUCCCCGUCAGUGGAAAAGCAAGUUUUGGCUGUUUUUGAUCACCCAGAGCCAGGGACGCAGUGAAGUUUGGGAGGCUGAAAUUUCGUGAGGCUGAAGUGUCGUGAGUGAUGACGUCAUGCAAAGUAAUAUGCCUUUAUAACUGCAUUUUCUUGCUAAUCUAAAUCAAACAGAAUGUGUCAUAAUGUGUGGCGAGAAAUGACAAUAUACAAAAAUAAUUGGCACGUCAAACCACUGACACAUCAUCGCUGUGCUCCCUCGUUCACGUUCGUUCUCGAGCUUCACAUUUGAGUGGGGACCAAUCAGAUUGCUGAUCUGUGGCACGAGAACCGAUUAUCACACAGUAAGAUUUAACCCUGGAAGAUUUGAUGUUUUUUUAGGUUUAUAAAUCCAAUAUUGGGCUGCAGGCCCAUAUUGGGAACAGGCCUAUUAUGCUUCAGACGUUGUCCCCUCCAAAGAAGCCAGCAGUUGGCAAAAGUGAUUUGGCUCAUUAACUAAAAUGAUGCUUGGCUACUGCAGGUUUUGAAAACAUAAAUAAAAUAUAGUUCUGAACUUUUUAUUAUUAGUAUUCCGCAUCGCUGCCCAAAGCUGUACAACAACUUGAGCACAGAACCUGAACAAAAGGUCUCAGUUGCUUUUUUAUAAACACAUUUUACUUUUCGCUGCCUUUCAUGUUCUCUCAAAUCACUUUCUUGUGUUUACCUACUUUUAACCAAAUGUGUUGAGGAGCUGCAUUAACAGUCAUGUCCUGAUUCUUUUUAAGUACGAGGUGCAGCAAGUUUAGCCUUUAAAAACGUCUGAAUGUCCCAUAAUCCACUUGCAUAUCAUCGCUGUCCAAAGAAAACCAUGUAUCUCCAGUUUUGUCCAUUUUUAUUUUUCUACAUCAUAUUUUUCGACAUCUACACGAGCUGUCCUUUAUAUUGUCUCAAAAUUUCAUGAUGAAUGGACCAACAGAAAUGAUCAAAAAUCACUUAGAAGUAAAGCUCUUUACAUUGACUUACAUUGAAGAGAGUUUUUGCCUUCUCCUGUGAAGUUCCUAUUUUGGAGACGCUUGUUUUUCUUUGGACGGCGACAAUAAAGAAAGAAAAUCAAAGGAGUUUCCAAAACUGAAAGUCAUCACUGAAUGUGCUUAAUUUGCAUUUUGAAAAGCAGAAAAUGAACUUCUAAGACUGAAAUUUGGAGGUGUGGAAAAACCUCCCUGCAAAAAAGAAAGGGAGCUGUAGUAGAGGAAGACAGUGGACACAGUAAAUAAUGAUAAAUGUAAUAUUAUAGUCAGCUGUUGAGGCUGCUGUGUAAUUUUCUGUUUUCUCCUUCUUUCCUAACUUCUACUUCUUGGUCGUUUUAUCUGAAAGAUAAAAUAGAUGAAGGGUGGUCUCUGACUUGCACGCAGUACUGUAUAAUGAUGUCUCUCAGCUCUACACUUUGCCUUCAUGUUGCUGAUUUAACCCAGUCUGCUAACGCCAACCUGGAGUUUCCACAGAGAUUUUGGUCUUAACUGUACCGAACUGUAUCAGACAACAUCACCAUCUGCCUGGCAGGUGUUUGGGUCGCCCAGCCUCUUUUCAGAGGGGCUGCUUUGAUUUUUUUGAAGACUUUUCUGUUGAGAAGUGUGUUUUUAAAGGAGAAGGCCUAUGGGCUAGAAUUACUGACUAUUCCUGAAACAUGAUCAGUGUCAGCCUGCAGAGUGGCUGAGUCUUCCUAAACUAAGAGAUACUACUGCAGAAGCAUGGAUUGGUCUCUUUUACACACACACACCCACACACUUUUCUAUGUGCAUGUCAUCACUGUGGCCUUGCUGCUAGCUUUGAUGCAUAAGCCUCAUUUUGCCAGGCUAGAGACCCUCAUUACACUUCAGUGAUGCACCCCUCUCAUGUAGGGACGCUCACACGCUCACACACCUGCAUCUUUGUGGCCUCACAAACUUUUGAGUUUGCUUUCCAAGUUACUUUCACUGCUUUCAGUGAAGGGACUGAAACAUCCGUUAUGAAGAAUUUUGCUGAUAUCAUUUAAUGUGGAUCCAACAUGGUGUAUUGGUACAUGGCCUUUAAAAGGGAAUUCCCACCAAUUUUCCAACAUUUCAGCCAAAUUAGGAAGUAAGCCAUUCUUAGUGACUUGAUGUGAAAUGGCAUAUUAUAGAACAACUCUGAAUGUUUAUAUGUUAUUAUUGGUAGUAUUUACAUCCAAAACCACUAGUGGACCCACAUGUGCCUACUGAGUUCUAAUAUGUGUUGAUGGUAAGAUGAAAAAGGUUUUCUUGCAUAUAUCCUUUCUCCAUGAAUGGCUUUAAAAUAUAGGUCUUAUUAUAAAACAAGGCAUCUGAGGCGUUAAGACAGUGAAUUCAUAAUUUCACAGAAUAGCUUUCUGUGCAGUAGUACAGUUCAGACGUCUGGUUCCUAUCACAGCCUCUGUGAACAAUUCUGAAUUAGCCACAUCUGAUGACCGAAAGGCUGAAUGACUGAAUUCUGCAGAAAUGUUGAAAAAUCAGUGGGAUUCCCCUUUAAACUUACCCUGACUUUAUAAGAUAUAUACUGUAGGACCAGUUUCCACCUACUCUUGGAUUGGAAGUGGUGACUCAAGCUUAUAUAGUCUAGGUUUAGCCCUAAAAUUAGUGAGAAAGAACAGACAAAAAUGUUAUUGUUGCUGUAUUUUCAAGCCAAAUUACAGAACAAAAGUCCAUGUGACCUCCAAUUAAAGGUGCAGUGUAAGAUUAAGGGGGAUCUAUUAGCUGAAAGACACAAGUCCAUGUUUUCUUUAGUGUAUAAUCACCUGUAACUGCAAAUCGUUGCGUUUUCUUUAGCUUAGAAUGAGCCCUUCAUAUCUACAUAGGCAGUGGGUCCUCUUCCGACAGAGGCUGCCACAUUGUGCCAGCAUGUUUCAGCAGCCCAGAACGGGCAAACCACACACUGGCUCUAAAGAGCGCCUUUUACGUUUUAUGUUGAAGUGGCUGCUUGAAUUUAAAAAUGGUGUGCCUCCAGUUGGAAGACGUAGAAAGAAGACAACUCAGUGGUUGCUGGACAACUGUGUGUUAAGUUUGAGAACCCACCUUUGAGAAAUGGAGAAUCAUACUUAAUAUUUAGCACAAGAAAAAGCAAAGUAGGGUGAAUCCUCGCUGACAAGGAACCCCGUAGGUUCUGCUACACACUUGGAAAGGCAGGGGUGAGGGAGGGGUAUGCAGUUGGUUGUAGCUUGCAGCCUCUCCACUAGAUGCCACUAAAUCUUACACACUGCACUGGGUAUUGCCCAAUUCAUCAUGGAUCAAAACAAUUACAAGAACUGGCAUAAAUGGCAUACACUUAAUACUACUGUACUAUGUUACUUAGUAUGGAGAACAUACUUAGUUACAUAUACCAAUAUUCACUCUUACUAUCUUUAUGAAUAAUAAUUUUUAACCCUUUAUAUUUGAGUAUACAGCACAAAAAAAUUUUCUGUCGCAGUAAGUCCUAUAAGGGCUGUCUCAGGAUCAGAUAUAUACAGUAUAGUAUAGUAUAGUAUAUACACACUGGUCCCCCUAUAUUCUCUUCUUUUUUUUAUUGAUAUUCAACGUUAUUCACAUGCCAAGCCAAAUUACUGCGUGGCUAAUGUUUUUUCCACCUCAGCACCUUUUUGAGCGUUGUGGCGAGCUGAUCAGCUUGACUGCUCUUCCCUGCCUCCCCGCUCUGCAGAUUCAAAGGUUAUGCUGAGUAUCUGUAUUUGUAUUUUUUUAACCUUCCUUUAUUCACAGCACGGCCCUGGAGCGGUCCUUGCUCUUUUCGUGGCCUCUGUGACUGGACGGGUGGUGGGAGCGCCUUGGUGCUCUUAGACUACAGUAACAUUUUGGAGCUUUGAGAAGAAGGCUGCCAACCCUAGUUCCAAAACCCCAAGAUCACACGUAUGAAGCUGUUCAGUUAUCUUAUUAAGUUAAUCAGAGGAUUUAUGGCCUUGACACACCAAACUGACAUCAACGAACUUUGAAUAUUUUCUUGAUUUGCUGGUGAAGGAAGCAAGAAAGCUAACGGAACUGCUAGGAAGGCCAAAUAGCUUAUUGCGUAACUGUAAUGAGGCAGUGAGACUCAGUCUGAACAGCCAGAUCGGAAUUCAUGCGACUCAUUUGUCAGUUCAACUCGACAUUCGUCAUAAUUUCGCGCUGCUGAGACUCAAAAACAUUUAGGCUGAUGUUUCUGUACCAAAAAUUAGAAGAGACUCAUUGCAGCCACUCUUGAAUGAAAUGGCUGGAGGAAAGAACAGCUUAAAGAAUCCGAGGACACAAACCAAAGUAGUGCCCGUGACCGAACACCAGGCCCUUUUUACAGUGAACUCGAACACACUGUGGGUGAAGAGUCCAGCUGUCAAACACUGGAACCUCACAAUCGCUCCUGUGAUGCUGGUGAAGAUGAAGCUGAAGCGACAGGCAUUCGCUGGCCGUCAUGAUUGUUUACCUCUGGGCGAGCCACGUGAAGCUGUUCUUUUGGGCAUGAGGGUCAGUUUAGGAGCCGAUCUGUUCAGACUGAUGUUGCAUCCAGGUCACAUUUAAAAGAUGAUAUAGAUACAGCCAAACAAAAAUCAGAUUUGGUGAGAAAAUCAGAUUUGGGCCACUUUUACCUGCUGUGUAAAUGUAGCCUUAGAGAGACAAAAAUGUACUGGACUGAAAUCGUAUACUGCACCUAAAAUGUGCCCUCUCCAGUGUCGUUUGCUGCGUUUGCUCAGUUCUGUUCCUCAAUCAGAGAACUCAAAUGGGUGCAGACUAGGGCCAACGUGGUGUGAUGCAGGUACUCAACAACAGCCCAACCGCAGAACAGUCAGCUUGGUGUAUCAGGUGCUUUAGAUCAGGGAAAACAGAAAUGUGCAGCGAAAGGCGUCUCCAGGCCUGCAGUCUGGAAAAAAACAAACCCAAGUACGUCGGAUACUCAGCAUUCCUUGGUGUCACAAACUACAGAGCUUUAAAUUUUUCAUUUUCAUGCCUUGAAACUGUGUGACAAGCAAGUUCUUCUGAAAUGUCACAGUUUUGGAAAGGUUUCCUUGGAACUUUGCUCCCACAGUGGAGCAGCCCAGUGCUGAAACUGUCACACCCACUACGUUAAGGGUUUAUAUUCACCACUUGAGGAGCUUCUCCAUUGCAUGGUGUGUGCAUGUAUGUGGCAAAUACACAGUGCAUGCAUGUGUGUGUGUGUGUGUGUGUGUAAGUGAACCCCACUUACAGCAAGGCUUUGAAGGCAGAAUAUAUAACCAGUCUGAGGCCAAAAGCAUCAAAAGUAUCUCAACUGCUUGAAGACAGUGAUUAAAAUGCUGUACUAUCUACCAUCUUACAAUGUUAUCUAGAACGCAGCGCUUUCAGUAGAGAAGGUUUUGACCUCUGCAUAGAGGGUGUUUCAACUCUGAAAAGCAAGUCAAAAUAUUACGAAGAAGAGAUCCACCAAUGGAGAGACUGGUUAGAGCCUGUCCUUGCAUGCACUUAUAUCAUAGCAGUUACUCCACCAUAUCACUACAGCACCACACAGGAGGGUGUGGUAGCUACUGCAUGUUCCAACACGUGCAUAUCACCUUCACAUAUUUAAUGGCCAUCUUUAUUGCUGCUCAUAUUUCUGUAUAAACACUAAACCUCAUGAAGUUUUCCACCGCAAGUAUUUGCUAGUUAGUGUCUUUCCCUCAGCCGCUCUCAUGUACAGUAAAGACAUAUGAAUGUUGCCCAAUAAUAACACACAUGCAGAUAUAUGCUAAUCAGAAUGUGCAGCAUUUGAGCUGAUGAUGGGAUGUUAAGCAAUACGAAGCUGUUCUGUAUUUCUCCAAUGCUUGGCCUUUUCCAGUACGCCAUCAAUGCUGGGUUGAGUAGGAACACACCACUAAUCUGCUUCAUGUUGUCUCUUAAAACUACCUUGAUCGUGCGCUGUCUAGUCGGCGGAUAAGAAUGUACACAUGCCCACGGUGUUUUGAACUAUGUGAGAAGAGCUGGACUGGACAGGACUUGAAAACCUAUACACAGAACAGCAGGAUCUACGUCAACAAAGUCAGCCACUGAGCUAUCCAUGCUCCACAAAUGAGCUCGUUCAUAGCAGCUGUUGCGAGGUUGGCAACUUUACAGAACAUUGACAGCAAACAACAGUCAACAGUCGGCCUAAUGAGAAACUGUAGAGCGAAACUCAAAUGACUGCUUCAAAUGAUAUUUACUUUGUUUGUGGAAGAUCGUGUUAUUAGUACGUAGAGGCUGUUUUGUUGUGUGCAUCCCUGGAGUUGCCACAGCCAUCCGUUCAGGAGUCCAAGAGAGCAUGCCUCCCCCCGGCCUCCACCACAGAUCACACAUCACGAUAACAGCCAAAGCAGGUGACAAAUAACAGUUAGCAAUCUACUUUAAACGCAUUGAGCUUCUGCCUUACAAGAUGCCUCGAAACAAUCCACUGUUUAAAGACUGAGACCAACUGACCAAACAAGUGGAGCUCCUGCUGGUUUGGACUGCAAACCUGGAGCCAUAAUGUGUGGAUAAAACAGCACAACUGAUGUAGAAUCUCUAAACAAACAUUGUAGCCUAAUUUGAAAUGUUUACCCAGCCAGGGGAAUGAAACCCAGUCUACAGCGUAGAGGGCAGCAGUGUUACCCACUACACUACACCACCAUGUAGCUUAGUAGCUUAUGGUGCUACUAAGGGCCAAUUAUUCUCUCUUGGACUCCAGAACGGAUGGCUGUGGCAUCGCCGGGAAUGGAAGCCUUCCCAAUGAUGGGGACAGUUGCUCCAAACUUGUCCGGUUUACCAGCAGUUGCUAUGAAAGAAUGCAUUUGUGAGCAAUAGUCUAAAAAUUCUAUGAUUGGCGAUGAUGUCAUUGCAUGAUUUUAAAGUACAAAGCAAUACGAAUGCCUCGUUUGCACGAAUAAUAAUGAGAACAUGCUUUUUUAUCGAGAAGAGAGAUGAAUGGGUUGGGACAGAGAGCGAGAAGCUGAAUAUGUAGAAGAUUCGCUGCACCUAGAAGGAAAAAUAGCAUGUGUUGUUCUGUAGAUUAGGUCGGUUUCGACACAGAUCCAUGAUGAAAACAUCAUGAAGGAGAAAAAAAAAAACAGUUGAAAACAUUUUAGCCAGAGAACCGCACAUUAAAGAUGAUUCUUUCUUGCAUUAACACAUUCUAUUGUUCCUCUGAUGCUACGAAACCUUGUUUCACUACUCAGUGCAACAUGAUGCUAUACAUCAUACCAUAAACAUACUGGUUGGUCUCCAGCUUUGGGGAACUUGAAGUGCUCAGAUGAUCUAGAUGUGUCCUUCCCUGUUUGUCUGGCUGGAAGGGAAUUUGCACCGUGCUGUACAGUCCAGGGUCUAACUCAAGGUCAGGUAUGAGCACUGAUCCAGGAUCAGCUGUUAUACUUUCUAUACAGGCCUUUAUCUCCGGGUGAUAAAAGUGAGACUGAUGCAGAAACAGUGCUCCGUACAUUGUGAAUACGGGCCCUGAGCUGUCGGACUGACAUAUAUCUGAUCUAUUCUUGCUAUUAAUCCACCAUGGGCUGGUUUGUCCAGAUGAAAAUGGGGUCUUCAAUGAAGUAGUUUAAGUGGCUUUAAGGUGUGGUUGGAGGACUCGUACUCACUGAUGUGUUCAUAUUGUGUCCACAUCAUCAGACGAACGUUUCGCCUACUUGUAAAGCACAACAGACGAGGAUUUGUAAAGAAUAUGUAAAUGAAUAUUUAUGAUAAUAAAAUAUUUUAUACACA